GGUCCAACCACUUACAUUAACGCGACCGACGCUGAGGAAGCACGGGCGCGACACGACAAAGAACACGUAAAGGAAGACAGCCUUAGCAUCUAUACAGAUGGGAGCAGCAACAAGGGCGAGAGAGGCUCUGCAGCACUGUGGCCGCUUACAUAAUAGGCACGAUCUGUACACAUAGGUUUAGACACAGAGUUAACAGUAUAUGUAGUAGAACUACAAGGCAUUAGCCUAGUACUGCAGAUUGCUUAAGAGUAUGCGAGCU